UAAAAGUCAACUGCGUCGGCAUCAUCUCGACAAACGACGAGCAAGCGACGACGACGGCGUAUCGGCAACAAGUGUAAAUAUUUCGUCAUUUCGCAAUAUUCUUUCUCUUGUCGGGAGAAAUUUUUGACGUUUAGAGAUUCGUGAACGUAGUGAGAACGAGAUAUGACGAUGGCCACAUUAAGCUACAAAGCGUAUUUGUUGGACGAGGAUAAAAUAUGGGAACCCACGGAAACGCGCAGAUUCGGCAUCGACGCUGACGUUGCAAUGAAUUUCGUAUAUCUGCGCGAAAAAUUGCAAAGCAUUUUCCCGGAUCUACAAGGAAAGAAAUUCACUGUUACUUGGAAAGAUGAUGAAGACGAGUCCAUUACAAUAUCGACUAAUGAAGAGCUAGAGAUUGCACUAGAGGAGAUGGCUAAAAAUAACAUCUAUAAACUGUACAUUAUCAAAAAAUCGAUGCAUCAUGGAGACCAAUUAGACCCACCAAAUAUAGAAAAAAUAUUACAUCCUGGCGUAAUAUGUGAUGGAUGUGAAAAAGACAUACGUGGUUUCCGCUUCAAGUGCAUGCAAUGUCCGGAUUAUGAUUUAUGCAAUGAAUGCAUGACGCUCGGCAAACAUUACGACCACUAUCUGAUUCGUAUGACACACCCAGUAGAUUGGUCGAGUCGUGAUAGUCGCCGACUUGCUCACAACAUGCGAAAAUUCGUGAAGAAGGUACAGCACAACAAGGACGACGAACGCAGGUGCCCGCACAGGAGCAGCAAGCGAGGUAGCUGUCCAAUGUUCAACGCGACAAGCGGUAAAGUUGGCCCUUUUGAUCCAUCUAUUAUAAACUCACUGGCGGAUUUUGUAAUAGACAUAUGUGCUGCUCCAUCAGAUGAGAGUCAUGAGCAGAAGCGAUCCAAGGAGCAGCAUAGGGAACCGUCCGCUGAAGCUGCUACCGAGGCGACAGAAGACCCACAGGAGGCGACCAGGCACAGUUUUUCACAAUUGCUGAAAAUAGUCGAGGAUAAUCUUUCCAAUAUUUCACAAUUUUUGGAUCCGCUCGGCAUCAAUGUCACUGUAAUGACCGACAAAGAUUCUACCAGGAACAAACCCACUGGGAUCAAAACUAGCACACAAAAACCCGAGAACGGUGCAUCUUCAUCGGAAGAUUCUGCCAAGAAAUUCCCAGGUGAAGGAAAAAAAUUGAAUAGUGAAACCCCAAGUACCACAGGUGAAAAAACUGUUCCUUCGACGAACACAGAUGCGACAUCAGCACAGAAGGAGCCAACAACAACUUGUGCCGAACAAGCGGCCGAAGCCGAGGAAUGGACGAUAGUGCAACCUCAGAAUGAGAUCAGCCGUACACCUUCCACUUCAUCCUCCUUGAAUGAGGCUACAUCUAAACAGAUUACACCAUCCGCGCCAGCAGCAACUGCGGCAGAACCAGAUCAACAGAAUCAUCAAACAGAACCACCAAAGCAGAAUAUUUACCCAUCCUUACCUAAAGAAGUAAAAAAUGAGUUCUAUCAUCCAAAUCCCAAGAUCCAAGAAGCUGUAACAGCGAUGAUGGCGAUGGGAUUCUCCAAUGAGGGUGGAUGGCUUACUCAUCUGCUUGUUUCAAAAGAUGGAGACAUCGGCAAGGCACUAGAUGUAUUACAUCCGGUACGCCAUCAUUAAAAAAAAUAAGAUUAAAAUUUUGAUGAUAGUUGAUGAUAGUUAAUGUGUAAUAAUGACUGGUAAAGGUAACUAUUAACAUAAUCAAUAGCUGAUGAUAGUUUGUUACUAAUAUUAUUGAUUAAUAAUACACUUUAUGUUGAAUUUAUUUUAUGCUAUGUAAGUUCAGAAUUGACAUAAUUUUAUUUUGGAAAAUUACAUUAUCUUCUCUUAAUA